GCCUAGUUUAUCAAUUAGAGUUCAGCCUCCAGAACCCAAAUGUGGACACACCCAGCCUCGCGCAUCCCUCGACAGCGACAAAAUAACGCUGGAAGUUAACUAGAAGUUACGACGCAAUGGCCGAACAAAAAACAGCACCCACCAACCCCAUGAAGGAGCUGAAGAUUGACAAGCUCGUCAUCAACAUUUGUGUUGGCGAGUCUGGUGAUCGUCUUACCCGUGCAUCCAAAGUCCUUGAACAGCUCACCGGUCAAACGCCUGUCACCUCGAAAGCUCGCUACACCGUCCGUACAUUCGGUAUCCGUCGUAACGAGAAGAUUGCUGUCCACGUCACUAUCCGUGGGCCCAAGGCAGAGGAGAUUCUUGAGCGUGGUCUCAAAGUGAAGGAGUAUGAAUUACGUCGGAAGAACUUCUCGGAGACCGGUAACUUCGGUUUCGGUAUCCAGGAGCACAUUGACCUUGGUGCGAGAUACGAUCCUGGAAUCGGUAUCUUUGGAAUGGACUUCUAUGUCGUGAUGGGUCGCCCUGGUGCUCGUGUUGCCAGAAGAAAGGAGAGACGGGCACGUAUUGGUUUCCAACACCGAGUGAGGAGGGAUGACACCAUGGCUUGGUUCAAGCAGCGGUUCGAUGGUAUCAUUUUGAAAUGAUCAUUGUCGUCGCUCUGCUCCAUUUCCUGAGCGGCAGGCAUCAGGAAUAGUCUACAUAUGCUUUUCAUAUUGUCGCUGUCGAGGCGGGUUCGACUCGAAGUGAACUACGCUUGCUACGAAAAU